GUUCUCUGUCUGCAGCGGUCGCGGCCCGCGGGGAAGACGCCCCGGACAACCGGGAGCGGGGCCGGACAUGAACUCAGUGGUCUUUGAGGAUGUGGCUCUGCACUUCACUCUGGAGGAAUGGGCUUUGCUGGAUUCUGCUCAGAGGAACCUCUACAAAGAUGUGAUGCAGGAAACUUUCAGGAACCUGGACUCAGUAGGGAAAUAUUGGAAAGACCACAGCAUUGAAGAUCAGCACAAAAACCAGAACAGACAUCUGAGAAAUCAUAUGGUGGAAAGGCUCUGUGAAAGUAAUGAAGGUCAUCAAUAUUCAGAAGGCUUCAGCCAGAUUCCAAGCUUCAGGGGAAUAAAAUCAUAUGAAUGCCAUGAAUGUGGAAGAGUCUUUCUGCAUCAUUCUUCCCUGAAGAGGCACAUUGGAUCUCACAGUAGGCCCAAAAUAAAUGAAUAUCAGGAAUGUGAGCAAAAACCCUAUGAAUAUAGACAAUGUGGGAAGGCGUACAGUAGUGUCAUGUCCUUACUAAGUCAUGUAAGAACAACUCAUAGUGGAGAAAAUCCUUACAGAUGUGAGCAGUGUGGGAAAGCUUUCAGUUGUUCCAGUCACUUACAAUGCCACUUGAGAAUUCACGUUGGAGAGAAACUCUACAAAUGUAAGCAAUGUGGGAAAGCCUUUCGUUUCUCUAGUUGCUUUCGAAGACACGUGAGAAUUCACACUGGAGAGAAACCCUAUGAAUGUAAGCGAUGCGGGAAAGCCUUUGGUUUUCCUAGUGUCCUUCGAAGACAUGAAAAGACUCACAAUGGAGAGAGGCCCUAUGAAUGUAGACAAUGUGGGAAACUCUACAGUAGUGUCAGUUCCUUACAAUGUCAUGUGAGAAGAACUCAUAAUGGAGGGAACCCCUGUGAAUGUAAGCAAUGUGGGAAAGUUUUCAGUUGUUCUGCUUACUUGCAAUAUCAUGUGAGAAUUCACACUGGCGAGAAACCCUAUGCAUGUAAGCAAUGCGGGAAAGCCUUUGGUUUUCCUAGUUCCCUUCGAAGACAUGAAAAGACUCACACUGGAAGGUUUCCCUAUGAAUGUAAGCAAUGUGGGAAAGCCUACAGGACAUCCAGGAACUUAAAAUAUCAUUUGAGAAGAAAUCAUAAUGGAGAGAACCCCUAUGAAUGUCAGCAAUGUAGGAAAGCUUUCAGGUGUUCCACUUACUUACAGUGUCACAUGAGAACUCACACUGAAGAGAAACCAUAUGAAUGUCAGCAGUGUGGGAAAGCCUUUCGUUUUUAUAGUUCCUUUCAAAGCCAUGAAAAGACUCACAAUGGAGGGAAGCUCUAUAAAUGUAAGCAAUGUGGGAAAGCCUUCAGUUUUUCUAGUUCCUUUCAAAGACAUGAAAAGACCCAAAAUGGUGAGAGGCCCUAUGAAUGGAACCCCUGUGAAUGUAAGCAAUGUGGGAAAGCUUUCAGUUGUCCUAAUUACUUGCAAUACCAUGUGAGAGUUCACACUGGAGAGAAACCAUAUGCAUGUAAGCAAUGUGGGAAAGCCUUCAGUUUUUUUAGUUCUUUUCGAAGACAUGAAAAGGUUCACACUGGAGAGAAACCAUAUGCAUGUAAGCAAUGUGGGAAAGCCUUCAGUUUUCUUAGUUCUUUUCGAAGACAUGAAAAGGUUCACACUGGCGAGAAACCCCAUGAAUGUAAGCAAUGUGGGAAAGCCUUCAGAUGCUCUACUGCCUUUCGACAACAUGAAGAGACUCAUGCUGGAAAGAAACCCUGUGAAUGUCAGAAAUGUGGAAAAGCCUACACUAGGGCCAGGAACUUACCAUAUCAUUUGAGAACAAAUCAUAGUGGGAAGAAUCUCUAUAAAUGUCAGCAGUGUGGGAAAGCCUUCCAUUUUCGUAGUUCCUUCCAAAGGCCUGAAACGACUCACAAUCGAGAGAAACCCUAUGAAUGCAAGCAAUGUGGGAAAGACUUUAGUUUUUCUAGUGCCUUUCGAAGACAUGAGCAGACUCACAAUGGAGAGAGACGCUGUAAAUGUCAGCAGUGUGGGAAAGCCUAUAGUAGGGCGAGUGCCUUACGAUGUCACAUAAGAGCAACUCAUAGUGGAGAGAAUCCCUAUGAAUGUCAGCAAUGUGGUAAAGCCUACAGUAGUGCCAGUUACUUCAACUAUCAUGUGAGAACAGCUCAUGCUGGGUAGAGACCCUAUGAGUGUAAGCAAUGUGGGAAAACCUCCAGGUUUUUCAGUUUCCAAAGGCAUGUAAAGACCACA